GCGGAAGCUCGGCGGGUGGCGGCGGCGGCGGCGGCGGCUGUCGCGGCGCGGGAUGGACCCGCCGGCCAAGGAGGGACCGCUGCUUGUGCAGCACAGCCACAAGUUCGGCGCCAAGAAGUGGAAGCGGAGCUGGUUCGCGCUGUACCCGGCCAGCCAGCACGGAGUGGCCCGCCUGGAGUUCUUCGACUGUAAGGAGCCAGUGGCGCGGCUGGAGCGGCUGGGCAGCCGGCGGAUAGACAAGACGGUGGUGCGGCUGGCUGACUGCACCAGCGUGGCCCCGGUCCCCGAGAGCGGCCCCCGCGCCGGCACGGUCGUCUUCCGCCUGGAGACCAGCGACAGGAGCUACCUCUUCGCGGCCGACAAGGAGCAGAGCGAGGAGUGGGUGGCGAAGCUGUGCGAGAUCGCCUUCCCAGGAAAUGGCCCCAGUGAUGCUGGCACGGCAGCCCAGCGUGGCAGAAAGGUCAGCGGCGAGGCACCAGCCCUGGAGAUGGCCGUGAACUCCAUCUACUACUCAAGAGAUGAAGUGAAUGCCUUCUGGGUGACAGUGCAACGGACCGAGGCUGCAGAGCGAUGUGAGCUGCGUGGUGCCUACCUGCUCAAGGCUGAGCGUGACAGCCUUGUCCUUCAGGACCCACGGACAAAUGAGAUCCUCUACGUCUGGCCCUACCGUCUGCUCCGGAGAUAUGGCCGGGACAAGGUGAUGUUCUCCUUUGAAGCUGGCAGGCGCUGUGACUCGGGCCCAGGGAACUUCACCUUUGAGACCAAGCAGGGCAAUGAGAUCUUCCGCCUGGUGGAAGCCUCCAUCCGGGAGCAGAAAGCACAGGUGGAGGAGAAGCGGCGAAGCUGUGACUCACUGGAUUCAGACAGCCCCAGUGUACUGCUGAUCCGCCAGGCCCUGGCUGACUCUCUGAGCUUGGAGCUACCUGCAGAGGGGGAUGACACCCUGGCACCCAAAGUGGGGCUAGUGCCCAGAGCCAGUGCAGCAGCAGAGGAGAAGGACGCUACAUCUCUGCUGAAGACCCGGAAUCUGCCAGAGCUCCCUGUGCCACAGGCCAAGCCUAUGGUCCCGAGCACACCACCCCGCUCACCUCUGCCCAAGGUGCCCCGUGCCGUUCUGCCAGCUGAGGACCCCUCCAGUGUGUACUCAGAGCCCUUGGACUCAGUGAAAAGCUUCCAUCCCAAGCCAGACCCACUGUAUUCAGACCCCAUAGACAGCAAGCCUGUGAGUGGGACCCUAGUUCCCAGUGGUGCCUUGGAUGAGCCAAAGCUUCAGCUGCCAGUGCCACAGUACUUGGGCCCGUAUGAGCAGGUGCGGGCUGAGGGACGCAGCCAGGCGCCCGUGGCACCCGGGCAGAGGGAGCACAUCUAUGAUGAGCCUGAGGGUCGUGCUGCCCGCUCGCUGCUGCCCCUUGCGUGCAUCUACGAUGAGGCACGGCCAGCAGCUGAGGCCUGGCGCACUCAGGGCCAUGAUGGCAAGGAUGGCUACGAGUAUCCCUACAACCCCAGCACUGAUGACUACUCCGUACCUGCCUUCAAGGCCAAGGGCCCCAAGCCAGUGCCUGCCCCCAAACCCCCAGCAACCUUUGUCCCUAAAGGCACUGAGAGGAGUGGGGAUGCUGGCAGGCGGUGGGGGAAUGCUGCUUCUGAGAAGGGCACUGUCAAAUCCAGUCUCAACAGCAGCAACAACAACAACGUGGAGGUGCUGUACAGCCAGGUGGUGAAGCCCCAGCAUGUGCAGAAGAAGGAGCAAUCUGUGGAUGAGUGCAGCUUGUCGCCUCUCUACGAAGACUUGGGAGAGAUAUAACCUGCUGCUGCUUUGUGCCUGCCCAAGGGGGACUGAGGUGCCUGGGCCCAUUCAUGAGCAGUGCUGGCUGCUGCCAUCCAUGGGUCCUGGGGGUGCCUGGGGCUGGGGAUUGGACUGGCUUGGGCAAAGCCCAUUUUGUUCACCAAUGUUGAGAGGCUGUGUUUUCCUGGAAGCCUUUUCCACAGCAAAAGCAAGAGAGCUGAGGCUGGUGCAGGUGCCAGAGUGCUUCCACAGCUCUGGAGCUGGCUCCACGGCCCCAUCUUGAUCUGCAGGAGGACUGCCUUUGUCACCUGCUUCUGCUGCUCUGGCUCUGCUGUGGCUCCCUCCCUGAACGGGCUGCAGGGCUGUGAUGCCUGUUGUGGUGCAUGGAAGACUGCUUUCCAUCAGUCUCCAAAAGUAUUUUUAUACAAAUUAUUUUAAUAUUAAAAUUUGUAUGUCUCAGAAUGAAA